UGAUGCAACCAGGCCAAGAACCUCAGUUGACCCCAUACAUAAUUAUUAUUAUUACAAAUAUUCCUGAAUCAACAAAAUAAGCAUUUUAAUAUUAUUAGGCUCCAUAAAAAUUGCAUUAUAUAAAAUCACUUAUCUAUUAAUUUUCGACGAAUAAAGUUGUAGUUAAUUGAUGGUCAAAUUUGUGUAGAAUUUAUUUUGAAUUAAAUUUAUUACUUUUUAAAAAGUAGAUGUUCAAUAAUAAUUCCAUCACUGCCGCAGUCGUUCGUGUAGGUGUCUCAAAGAUUCCUGGUUGUGCAAGCAGUCCAAGAAAACGUUGCUGAAGCCAAGAAAUCGUCAGUUUUAACUGUUUGUUGAGGCAUUGAAACCAACCCAAGGCAAGAAGACCACAGUUGCGAGAAGUAAAAUCAUGACAAUCGCCCGAGACAAAUGUCAACAAGGACUCUACAAGAUCUCUGAACCAAGUAUUGUUACCCUAUCUAUGUGCCCCGUUGAGAUAGAUAACAAAACAUACGAAGGCGAAAGAAAAACGGAAUUCCAAUAUGUGUUAGAAUUGCCAAAGUUUUCGUAUGUCCAAAGCAGCAACAACAAUUCCAAAUUAACCCUCGAGGAAAUAAACUUGGAUGAACUGAAGACAGCGCAGAAAAUAUUGUCGACAAUCCAGUUACACCCUCUAGAGGCGCCCGAAAAUUCCACGUACCCGUGGAUCGCUCCAAUCUCAUCCAUUGCCGCCCUCAUAUGCGGAAUCCUGCUGUAUAUUGGAUGGAAGAAAUGGAAAAAGCCUGUUUCAUCCCAUAGAAGCCACCACUACGAGAACGACCACUUCGACGGCCCUUCACAAGAGAGUCGAAAAAAACGAGCAGCCAUUGCAGCCCUUAUUUUCCGAACUUAAGGAGGGAGGAGUUAUGUGAUGCAACCAGGCCAAGAACCUCAGUUGACCCCAUACAUAAUUAUUAUUAUUACAAAUAUUCCUGAAUCAACAAAAUAAGCAUUUUAAUAUUAUUAGGCUCCAUAAAAAUUGCAUUAUAUAAAAUCACUUAUCUAUUAAUUUUCGACGAAUAAAGUUGUAGUUAAUUGAUGGUCAAAUUUGUGUAGAAUUUAUUUUGAAUUAAAUUUAUU